GUUCGCUGCAUCAGCUGAUUGAAGUAGCGCCGAACAGACUUCGGGAAAAUUGUAGUGGAAACAGAGGCGUUUCAGCAACUCCUGAGCGAUGGUCACAGAAGAGACAAGUGAAAGCAGUUGUCGAUGUUGCAGACUUUAAAGUGGGCGAGUGCUCCGCUGUCUUAGUGCCUUUCCAGAACCUGGGGCGGCGGGCCCCUUCAUGUCACCUUCUGGUUGGCGGUCCCUCUGAUCUGCUUACAGGUGACUGGGACGGCGAUGAGUCAUGGCAUCAGUGAAAGUGGCCGUCAGACUGAGGCCUAUGAACAGGCGGGAGAAAGACUUGGAAGCCAAAUGCAUUAUUUACAUGGAUGGGAACAAGACAUCCAUAACCAAUAUAAAGAUCCCAGAAGGCAUGUCAGGUGACAGCGCAAGGGAGCGUACCAAGACUUUCACCUAUGACUUCUCCUAUGACUCUACUGACUGCAAGCACUCUUCUUACGUGUCUCAGGAAAAGGUUUUUAAUGACCUUGGCACUGAUGUCCUUAAAUCUGCUUUUGAAGGUUACAAUGCCUGUGUUUUUGCCUAUGGCCAGACAGGAUCUGGCAAGUCAUACACGAUGAUGGGAAACCCGGGAGAUUCUGGUCUCAUACCACGUAUAUGUGAAGGGCUCUUCAGCAGGAUUUCUGGAAUGUCAAGACGGGAUGAGGCAUCUUUUCGUACAGAAGUCAGCUAUCUGGAAAUCUACAAUGAACGAGUGAGGGACUUGCUGAGAAGAAAAUCAAGUAAAACGUAUAAUUUACGAGUACGUGAGCAUCCAAAGGAUGGGCCUUAUGUGGAGGAUUUAUCCAAGCAUUUGGUGCAGAACUACGGUGAUGUUGAGGAACUCAUGGAAGCUGGGAAUAUUAACCGAACAACAGCCAGCACUGGCAUGAAUGAUGUGAGCAGCAGGUCACAUGCAAUUUUCACCAUCAACUUCACACAGGCCAAGUUUGACGCUGAAAUGCCAUGUGAGACGGUCAGCAAGAUUCACUUGGUGGACUUAGCCGGGAGUGAGAGAGCUGAUGCCACUGGUGCCACUGGAGUGAGACUGAAAGAAGGAGGGAACAUUAACAAAUCUCUUGUCACUCUGGGAAAUGUUAUCUCUGCCUUAGCCGAUUUAUCUCAGGAUUCUGCCAUCUCCAAUUCAAAGAAAAAGCAAGUGUUCGUGCCUUACAGGGACUCUGUUUUAACCUGGCUUUUAAAAGACAGUCUUGGUGGGAAUUCUAAAACCAUUAUGGUUGCCACUAUUUCACCUGCAGAUGUUAACUAUGGAGAAACUUUGAGCACACUUCGCUAUGCAAACAGAGCCAAAAACAUCAUCAACAAGCCUACCAUUAACGAAGAUUCCAAUGUCAAACUCAUCCGUGAACUGAGGGCUGAAAUAGCUCGACUGAAAGCUCUACUGGCUCAGGGGAACCAGAUUGCCCUUUUGGACUCACCAACAGCAUUAAGUAUGGAAGAAAAACUCCAUCAGAAUGAAGCUCGGGUCAUAGAACUCACAAAAGAAUGGACUAAUAAAUGGAAUGAGACCCAAAAUAUUUUGAAGGAGGAAACACUUGCUCUAAGAAAAGAAGGAAUUGGAGUAGUUCUGGACUCAGAAUUGCCCCAUUUAAUUGGCAUUGAUGAUGAUUUGCUAAGUACAGGCAUCAUUCUGUACCAUUUAAAGGAGGGAAGGACGUAUGUUGGCCGAGAUGAUGCUGCAACUGAGCAGGAUAUAGUUCUUCAUGGCCUUGAUUUGGAGAGUGAGCACUGUGUGUUUGAAAACCUCAAUGGCACUGUGACCCUAAUUCCAUUGAACAUGGCUCAGUGUUCAGUUAACGGAAUUCAGAUUGAGGAACCCACACAACUUAACCAAGGUGCUGUUCUGCUGCUUGGAAGGACCAACAUGUUCCGGUUUAAUCAUCCCAAAGAAGCUGCUAAACUCCGGGAAAAGAGGAAGAGUGGACUUCUUUCCUCAUUUAGUCUUUCCAUGACAGAUCUAUCAAAAUCCUGUGAGAAUCUCUCAGCCGUCAUGCUUUACAAUCCAGGGCUUGAAUUUGAAAGACAACAACGAGAAGAACUGGAAAAACUCGAGAAUAAAAGAAAGCUGAUUAAAGAAAUGGAAGAGAAACAGAAGUGUGAGAAGGCAGAACUGGAAAGGAUGCAGCAAGAAGUUGAGUCCCAGCGUAAAGAAUCUGAGCAGGUUCAACUACACAUCAAGAGACAAGAAGAAAGCCUCAAGCGCAGGAGUCUGGACAUUGAGACCAGGCUGAAAGAUCUUCUCGCUGAGAAGGAGCGCUUUGAAGAGGAACGUCUGAAGGAGCAGCAAGAGAUAGAGCUGAAGAAAAAGAAGCAGGAAGAGGAAAUUCACAUCCGAGUACAGAAGGAGCAGCAGAAGCUCCAGGAGAUCCAUACAAAAGAAAUGAGAGAAAAGAUGCAAAUCUUCCGGGAACUGGAAAAACUGAAACGGGAGAGAGAUGAGCAGUCUAGCAAACUGGAACAGGAGAAGAAACGCUUGGAGGAGCAAGAGAAAGAGCAGCUGACUCUUGUAUACCGACUAGAGGAACAGUUACGAGAGAAGCAGGAGAUGAUAGGACUGCUGAAGAGAGAUGAUGCUCAGAGAAUGCAACAAGAAAAGAAGAUUCUGGAGGAGAUCAGAGAAGUUCUUCUCAAGGCAAAAGAGUCUAGUCCUGAUGGAGAUGAGGAACAGGAGGAUGUGAGGAAUGCACAACAAAAGUACAUGAACUUCAAGCUCCAGCAACUUGAGCAGCUAAGCCAGAUUGAAGAAGAGCUAAAGCAACAGAAGGAGCAACUGGAAAAAGAUAUUGUGAGUGAGCAGAAAGCACUUUUAAUCCAAAGAGAAAGGCUUGCAACUUCUGAUGUGCCCAUUUCAGUUCAAGAUAAGGAUAAGAUCAGGCUUGCUGAGCAGAGACUUCAUUGCAAAGAGAGGCAGCUGCAUUCCCUGACUGAAAACCAUUUGCCCGCAAUAGUAGAAGAAAAGUUACGGACUGCUGAAAUUGUUGACAAAGGCCUCUUUGGUCUAGAUAACACUUUAUAUCAGAUUGAGAAGGAGAUAGAAGAGAAGGCAGAGCAGCUCGCCUUGUAUUGUGCCAACAGUGACCACUUACAGCAGCUUCAGGAAACAUACGAGUUUACAGCAAAUGUGGCGAGGCAGGAAGAAAAAGUACGGAGGAAAGAGAAGGAGAUCCUAGAAUCCAAGGAGAAGCAGCAAAGGGAGGCUUUAGAACAAGCUGUCGCCAAGCUUGAGAGACGACAUUCAGCCUUGCAGCGCCAGUCCACCAUUGAACUUGAGAUAGAGGAGCAGAAACGCAAACUGUCAGCUCUCAAAGGAAGCACUCAGGAAGCUGGGCUGCAGGCCAGUCUGGAGGCUGAACACAAAGCGCAAGAGGAAGAUCGAGCAAGGUUAGAACGUGGAAUUCAACAGCUGAAACAAAAGAUCUGUGAAAGUGACUGUGGUCUAAAGAGUUGCCUUGCCACCUGUGAUGAUAAACCAAGUCCUGCCAGCUCCCCCAGUGGUACCCCUUCUACUCCUAAGACACCUCAGUCAAAGUUGCUUGGCCUUGCUGAUGACGGGAUUAAUGCUUACAUUGAGCAGGAAGUUCAGAGAAGACUCCAGCAGCUCAGUCAGAUGAACGGGGACAAUUGUGCUAUUGAUCUGUCGUUUUCACCUGAAGCUGGAAACACACAGGAAGAUGAAAAGUCUCCUAAUGGAUGUGACCCACGUAAAUUGAAAUAUGAGCGGCUGAUUUCUCGUCCUUUGGUAGCAAACUCGGAGAGUGUGAAGGAGCCAGUGAGAGUUAGCAUUCCACGCUAUGUUCUCUGUGGCCAAGGCAAGGAUGAGCAUUAUGAGUACGAAGUGAAGAUUACAGUGUUGGAUGAAACUUGGACAGUUUUCAGGCGAUACAGCAGGUUUCGUCAAAUGCAUAAAACUCUAAAACUGAAGUACCCUGAGCUUGCUUCCCUGGAGUUCCCUCCAAAAAAGCUCUUUGGAAACAAGGAUGAUCGCGUGAUCACAGAAAGGCAAAGCCAGCUGGAGAGUUACCUCAGGAACUUUUUCAGAGUAAUUCUGGAUUCUCCAACAUCUCCAUUGCGCUUGGAACAAGAUGGCCUUGGACUAUCAAAGCACACCAUCUGUGAGCUUUCUGCUUUUUUUAAGAAGGGAGUAUUUGAUUACAGCAGCCAUGGGACUGGCUGAGAACAUUCAUAAUGAUAAGUUGAUGGACAUGAAUCACAAGCAGUGCCUUGUUUGUCUGUCUCUCUGCAUUGAAAUCUACACUCCACAUCCUGUGUAAGGAGUAAAUGCCUGCUGUACAAGCUUCCUAUAUGCCACGACUGUAGCAGUGGCUUACAAUGUCUGCGUAUGACAUCUCAGGAAGCCUGGCACAUGAUCACUGGUCAUACUUGCUCCAUUACUUCAGCAUGCAUUACUACUGUAACAGUACUGUACAUGCAGCUGGGACCUUGAGGAUUCCUCAACUAAUGUGUCUUCCUUGUAUUCAUUUUUGGAGAAAUUUCAGAACUUUAUUUUUUGUUUGUUUUUUUUUUUGUUCUUUUUAAGUUGCGCCUCCUCCACAGUGUCAUCAUUCAUUGGAAUUCAUUUGGGAAUUUGCCACUGAAGAGUUUUGGGGACAUUUUCUUUUUUGUUUUUGUCUAUACAGUGGCUUUUGAAAAGCCCUAAGCUCUGUCUUUGUAAAGUGCUCCAACACUAUCAUCAGAAGUGUGUCCUAUCAAGCUCAUCUCCUUAAUCAACAGGUCUAAAGGAAUUGCUUAAAUACAAUUAACAGAAAUUGAUUUCUUUACUGUUGCUCUUUUUUGCUGUCACACUCCUUUUUUAAGUAAAAUCCUUAUUUUCUUAAUAUUUA